AUGUUCGAAGCUUCCUCCCACCGGGGUGACGACUUCAAGCCGAUGCCACCUUCGUUCGACACUUUCUGCUCGCAGAUCGCCGUGCCGCCCCUCGAACGGGUGCGUUCGCUGUGUCGUCAUUUGCUAAUAAACAGCGACCCCACAGAGUGCAACCAGAGUCUCUCCACGUAUCUCAAAGCUGCCGUGGACCAUUUGCAGACCGAGCUGGAAAUCUACCAUGUGUGUUCGGUGUUGGCGCUUGACUUGCUUCGCCUGAACUUGUUUACCAAGAACUUUGGCUUGUGUAUGGGCAAGAUGCUCAGUUUGCUCUCGGUGCUUAGUGACGCUGGGGCUGACCCUAAUGGUGAGGUGAACAACUUUAAGACAUUGCUUCUGGUGACGUUGCUUCUUACGUUUAAAGCAAAGGAUGAUCCUGUGAUGGGCACAAUCUUCUCGGAUCACAUUUCUGAUAAGGAAUUCGUGACUACGUUGCGUUCGCUUGGUAUAGUUCAGGUGGUUGGCAACGUCAUCAACAAGCACAUUACCUCUUCAUCGUCUUCCCACGCAGCGUAUGUGUUGCUCAAGUUCAAUUGUGACGUUAUUUUCCAGUACCUUUAUAAAGUGGUGCUUCUUUCAGACGAGGAAUUCGACUCAUUGACGAAAAGUCCCUUGAUCCCCACACUUAUUGCAGAUCUCACUUCGAACGAUAAUUUCAACGAGUAUGAUGUCACAUACGACGAUUUCGAAGACGAGGAAAAACUCGUGGCCUACGAGGAGUUCAAGCUUCUUCUCCUCAUAAACGAACAAUACCUAAUGAAAAGCUUAUCUUGCACACAUCUGAAAAACAAGGUCUUUGACGGUUUGCUGGUCAACCGCAAAGGGAUCAACGUGCUCUGUGGCUUCACGAACUUGUUGGUCUACCACCUUAAUAGAGAGGAGUCUAGCAUCAUUAAGAUUUUGAUGCUCAAGUUCCUCUAUUCCGUUUUUACAUCAUCAUUCUCAGCCAAGUUGCCUUACCUCAACGACGUGAAGAUUCUUCUUGAUAUCAUUCUUCGUGAACUUAAUGACCUCGAUUACCUGCCCGAGGAGCCCAAAGAGAAUUGCAUUCUUGCCCUCACAUACUUGAAAGUGUUGAACCCAUUACUUGUGUUCUCUCAAUUAUCGGAACUUAAUCCUCCUUACAAACCUCAUGAGAUAAUUGAGACACUUCGAAAUGUUGUGAUUAAUUGUGAUUCCAAGGCAUACGACACUUCCUCGCUGGACGCAUCACUGAAAACCAAGGACUUAGCAUCCAUCGUCAAGUCAGCUACAAAGUGUUUGAAUAUUCCUUGGGUCAAGAGAUGCACCGUGGGACCACGAGUUAACCAGCUGUUGAGUUCCAGUAGAAAUGCUAGUUCAGAUAGUUUGAGCUCGGUGGCUUCCACAGUCUCCAAGAUUGCCAAUAUCAAGUUGGUUUCAUCAGAAAAUAAUGCCUCGACAGACUCUUUAUCUUUCACGCGAGUGGCCUCCGUCAGAGCAUCUAACAAGGACGAUUACAAUUUGCACACAAAAUCCCACAACGAACAGCUUGAGAAGCCUCGUCUGGACAAGGACUCUAUGUUUUCGGCUAAUAAUGGCAAUGUCUUUUUACAGAAGUCAAGCAAUUCUGCUUCUGAAGAUCCUUUCGCUACAUUCGCUGCUGCUCACGCAGAGCAUCUCUUGGAUUUACCUAAGGAGUAUUUGGAAGGAAAACCACCACUCCUGAAGGAGAAAUCAGCAGAAAAACUUAAUGCUAGGCAGCGGAAGGCAAAGGUAAAGAAGGCUCCACCUCCACCUCCCCCUCCACCUAGAAGAAGAAGGUAG